CACGACAUCACUGACUUAAAACUGUUGCAAAUAGUGCACAGACAUGGAGACAGAAACACUUUAAACUACUACAAGAAUGAUCCGUUCAAUGAUAUGGACAAGUAUUGGCCGGAAGGGACGGGUGAGUUGUUUGCGUACGGAAAGUAUAGGAUGUAUAAGUUGGGACAGUUUAUACGUCAAGAAUAUGGCAAAUAUUUGGGAUCAGAAUACAGUCCUCGAGAGGUUUAUACUAGAAGUUCGGCCGAAUCGCGGUGUCUCGAGUCGGCCAGUAUGGUAAUGGCCGGAGCAUAUCCACCAAUGAAUAAGACAUGGCAAUGGAAUCAAGGAAGAGACGCUCAAUUAGGUCAAGAAUGGCAACCGAUGUCAAUAUAUACUUAUCCAUUAGAAAUGAUGGACGAGGACAGGCUAUUACGUAUAGAAGCAAAGUGUCCAACAGCUCAACAGUUUAGCAAAAAUUAUUUCAAAACAACGGAUAAGAAAUUAAUUGAAAAAAACAAACAGUUUGUUCAAAAUGUUAGCAAAAUUAUUGGUGAAUCACAGGAAAAAGUAUUGGGCUUUUAUGAUGUCUUGUAUAUUGAAUUGGAAAGAGGAUACAAGUGGUCGGAUAAAGGAUUGAUGUCCGAGGAAUGGGAACAAACAGUAUUGAAAAAAGUCAAAGAGUUUUACGAUAUUAGAUGGUCAGGUUGUUUCAAUGCACCGGUAGUUUGGAGAACACGUGGCGGACCACUUGUUAAAGAAUUGCUAAAAAAUUUUGACAACAAAAUUCAAACAAAUGACAAAAAAUUUAAAAAGCUAUUUCACUAUUCAUCUCAUGAUGAUAAACUUGUUAUACUAUUGCAAGCACUGGGUGUUUUCAAUAAUCUAACGGUACCUUUUGGAGCAACCGUUUUAUUUGAGUUGCACCAGAAGCCUGAAAACGGUCAUUAUUUUGUACGCCUUUACUAUCACAACGAAACACUAACCGGUACACCACAUGCCCUACGAAUACCACAAUGCGAUUACCAAACGGACUGUCCGAUUGAUAAAUAUAGAGAAUUGUCCCAUAAAUUGAUUCCCGACGACUGGGAACAAGAAUGUGGACUUACCGGAGCCAUAUUCAGUGAAUUAGAUAUUAGUUUAUCUAUCUCAUCAUUAUUGUAA